UAGAGGUCGCCGCGGGCUUUUUUGCGUUAUGUUUUUGAGUACGUUUGUGGGGUGAAAAUUGUGUAAAUUUUAGGAGUUUCUAUAUUAAGGGUUUUAAGUUCUUCCUGUGUAAUACUAAUCGAAAGUGCAAACCAAUGUAUGAGGCCGGAAAUGGCUGACGAACAGGAAAUUAGACAGUUGGAGCUACUUUGCAAGCAGCUAUACGAGUCGCAGGACACUAGCGUCCUAGCGGACGCGGAAACUGCGCUGGUAGUAUUUCAGGCCAGCUCCGAUGCCCUGACCAAGUGUCAGGUGCUUCUCGACCGCGGAGACUCUGCUUAUGCCCAGUUAUUGGCUGCCACCACCCUCACAAAACUAGUGUCGCGGAGCGCCCAAGGCUUGAGCCUGCAGCAACGGGUUGAUAUCAGGAACUAUGUCUUGAAUUAUUUGGCCAACAGGCCCAAGCUGCCCGGUUUUGUAGUGCAAGCAUUGGUAACGCUGUUUGCCCGCAUCACCAAGCUGGGCUGGUUUGACACCCAUAAGGACGAUUAUGUGUUUAGGAACGUCGUUUCUGACAUUGGAAAGUUUUUGCAGGGCUCUGUGGAACACUGCAUGAUCGGCGUUCAGCUCUUGUCCCAGUUAACGUGCGAAAUGAAUCAAAUAUCCGACGUAGAAGCCAACAGGUCAUUAACUAAGCAUCGCAAAAUAGCGUCAUCAUUCCGUGACACCCAGCUGUUUGAGAUUUUUAGACUUUCCUGUAAUUUGCUGGGAAAUGCGAGAGAAAAUUGCAAAAAUCUUAACUUUAGUGACGAGAAUCAACACGGGCUGAUGACUCAACUGCUGAGACUCGCCCAAAACUGCCUGACGUUCGAUUUCAUAGGUACUUCGACGGACGAGUCUUCAGACGACUUGAGCACAGUGCAGAUACCUACAAGCUGGAGACCGGCGUUUCUCGAUUUUACGACCCUUAAGCUAUUUUUCGACUUGUACCACACACUUCCCAACACGUUGUCCUCAUUGGCCUUGUCGUGUUUGGUUCAAAUAGCGUCCGUGCGGAGGUCUUUGUUCAGCAAUACGGAGCGCGCGAAAUUCCUGACGCACCUCGUCAGCGGGGUGAAACACAUACUGCAGAAUCCGCAGCGGCUCAGCGAUUCCGCUAACUACCACGAGUUCUGCAGGCUGUUGGCGCGGUUAAAGUCGAAUUAUCAACUGGGCGAACUCGUGAUGGUCGAUAAUUACCCAGAGGCGAUUCAGUUGAUCGCCAAAUUCACGGUCCAAAGUCUCCAAAUGUGGCAAUUCGCCCCGAACAGCGUCCACUAUCUACUGUCGCUAUGGCAGAGGAUGGUAGCGUCGGUGCCUUACGUCAAAGCCACUGAGCCCCAUUUGCUGGAGACGUACACACCCGAGGUAACGAGCGCGUAUAUAACCUCGCGCCUGGAAUCCGCGGCCGUAGUGGCUCGUGACGGGCUUGAGGACCCACUCGACGAUCUGGGGAUGGUUCAGCAGCAGCUCGAGCAGCUGUCCGUUAUCGGACGGUGCGAGUACCAAAAGACCUGCACGCUCCUGGUGCAGCUGUUCGACAGGGCAGCGGCCACGUACUCGGAACUACUUUCCGCCCCUGCUCAGCCUGUCGAGGUCGCAGUACAAGAAGGCCAAUUGACGUGGUUGGUUUACAUAAUCGGUUCGGCUAUCGGAGGUCGGGUCUCCUUCAACAGCAACGAGGAGCACGACACAAUGGACGGGGAGCUGGUGUGCCGCGUGUUGCAGCUCAUGAACCUGACGGAUUCGAGGCUUGCCCGCGGCGGCUGCGAGAAACUCGAACUCGCCAUGUUGAGUUUCUUCGAGCAAUUCCGGAAGAUCUACGUCGGUGAUCAGGUGCAAAAGAACUCCAAGGUGUACCGGCGGUUGUCCGAGGUACUCGGCCUGAACGACGAGGCCACCGUGCUCAGCGUGUUCAUUAGGAAAAUCAUCACCAAUUUGAAAUAUUGGGGUCGGAGCGAACAAAUCAUCAGCAAAACCCUGCAGCUCCUCAACGAUCUCUCCGUGGGCUACAGCUGCGUGCGCAAGCUCGUCAAACUCGAGGAGGUGCAGUUCAUGCUGAAUAACCACACGAGCGAGCAUUUCCCGUUUCUGGGCAAUUCGGCGGCCAUCGCGGAGAUGCGGUGCCGAUCGAUGUUCUACACGUCGUUGGGUAGACUGCUGAUGGUCGAUCUGGGCGAGGACGAGGACAGGUUCCACACGUUCAUGUUGCCCUUGACCGCCGCCUUCGAGAGCAUCGGCCAGAUGCUGUCGACGGCCGACACGCCCCUUUUCCCCACCGAUGACGCGAAAAAGGCGUUGAUUGGUCUCGCGAGGGACCUACGCGGCUUGGCCUUUUCCUUCAACACCAAGACGUCGUACAUGAUGUUGUUCGACUGGAUAUAUCCCAAUUACACGCCGAUCCUGCUCCGAGCGAUAGAGCUGUGGUACCACGAUCCCCAGGUGACGACGCCCGUGUUGAAGCUGUUCGCAGAGCUGGUGCAAAACCGGUCGCAACGGUUACAGUUCGACGUUUCGUCGCCGAACGGUAUCCUACUCUUCAGGGAGGCGAGCAAGAUCAUCUGCAGCUACGGCACUCGGAUAUUGAACGUGGAGGUGGCCAAAGAACAGGUGUACCCAAUGAAGUUGAAGGGUAUAUCCGUGUGUUUCUCGAUGCUGAAGGCUGCCCUUUGCGGCAGUUACGUCAAUUUCGGUGUGUUCCGUUUGUACGGCGACGAGGCCUUGGACAACGCGCUCAACGUGUUCGUCAAAUUGCUGCUGUCGAUACCCCAGGCGGAUCUUCUGGACUACCCGAAGCUAUCACAGACUUACUACGUCCUGUUAGAGUGUCUCGCGCAGGACCACAUGGGAUUCCUUGCGACGUUGCAGCCCACCGUGUUCCUGUACAUCCUGUCCUCGAUAUCGGAGGGUCUUACUGCCUUAGGUGGGCUAUAUGAUUAUUACACAGAUACAAUGGUGUGUACAGGAUGCUGCGCGACUCUAGACCAUAUAGUAACUUAUUUAUUUAAACAAUUAACGCAAAAGGGUGAGUAUAUAACGACGAUUAGGUUUUGGUCCGCGAGGCAAACUCGUGUGUUCGUAGCGUAUCCCGGGAAAAAACAGGUGGGCAUGCCCCAGGGGGGCGGCGGCGACAUGUUCCUCAAAGUGUUGGAGAUGCACCCCGAGAUACUGCAGCAGAUCCUCAGCACCGUACUGAAUGUGAUAAUGUUCGAAGACUGCCGGAAUCAGUGGUCGAUGUCGAGGCCUCUCCUCGGGCUCAUCCUCUUGAACGAGGACUAUUUCGCGCAGAUGCGCGAGAAUAUAAUCAGGAGUCAGCCGCCCGAUAAGCAGGCCGCGAUGGCGCAGUGGUUCGAAAAUCUGAUGGACGGGAUCGAGCGGAAUCUGCUGACGAAGAACAGGGACAGGUUUACCCAAAACUUGUCUAUGUUUAGGCGGGACAUUAACGACUCAUUGAAGGGACCGAACGUAAAUUCAUCCACGUUUAGUGAUAUGAUGACUUUGUAGUGAGUUUGGCGCUGUGUAAAAGUGAGGUUAGGCGGUGUAUACAAGAUACAAAAAAAAAUAAAGAUUGUUAUGUAAGUAAAUAUUUUUAGGCAUUUUUUUCCGUCGCGGCUGAGCCUGCCGCACUUGGUGAACGAUUGUCUUUUUUUUAUACAUAUGCGGUGACGAUGAGAGUAAGUCUGUGGAGCAAGAUUGUACAUUGUUUAGAUUUACACAGGAAGAAUAAAUUAUGCGAUAUGUUCGAUUUUUUUCCUUUCUUGCCCACUUGUAUUCGUUAGCGCUCCAAGAUUUCUAUACAAAAUUUCGUUUUGUAUAGAAAUAACUAACGUAAAGCAACGUGUUUGUCUCACCUCCUUAAAUACUCGUUUUUGGGACGAAACACUUCGAGUAAGUUGUGACGUCACAAUUACACGUGUUUCAUCGAGGAUUAUACUUUUUACUGAUGUCGGUAAUGGGCCACUAUACUUAAUAGAUUACCCCAUGGUUGGAAAAAUGCACUACCACGGACUACUAAACAAUUCGUAGAAUUCUGUACAUCUGGGUUGGCUUCGGCCUCACUAUCGGGUAAGUUCGUGAAGAACUGAAAAAUUUUUUAUAGCCGAGAUAUUCGGGGAUUUAUGCGAUAUUUGAUUGAAAUUGGGGUACGUGUCGAUGAUUUUGUGGAGCAUGCAUCCAUACAAAAUGAAGUUGCCAAGCAGGAAUCUCCUUAAUCAGGUGAGUGAGGUAAACUUGGGACUCGUUUAAUAAAUGUAAUAAUUGCCUCGUUUGAACAUCAUCGUCAGUCUAACUGUGAACUCACACAGAAUGUAGUAACAAUUUGUUCUGUGUGGCCGAUGUAGCCGAGUGACACUAAGACCGCAUCUAUUGCGACACACCACUUAAACCCAAGUUGCUGUAUUUCUCAGACAAUAUAUCCUAACCCCAGUAUAUUACAAAAUUAGAAUAGCAUGCCAUAAUAAAACAUAAUCUUGUGCAUAUUUUUGGCAGUUAUCAGGUCUUACAAUUAGCGUGGCCGCGUGUACACAACUAUUGUGACAAAUUUGCAGUUCGCUCUGCACUGGAAUCAAGUUCCGCGUUUGUACUUUGGGUUAGUAAUACAGAGCGGCUGCCCUUUGCCCUUUUUAGAGUCACAGCUUCCUUCUCUUUAAUCGAUGUCUACAAAUGUAAAUUCCAACAAAAAACCCCAAUUACGCUCCAAAAAAUCAAGUUUCAAGUAUUUUUAGUUACAGCCUUGAAUAUCGGUUAGUUAUUGGUGUUCGCCUAUGAAAUCUGUUCCUCAAUGUGCGAUUUCCCGUUUCGGCAGAUGUUUCUUGGUUCCAAUGAGGUUGGUAAUGUGCGACCAUAAAGAAUGGCGAUAUCAAAAUCCCACAUUGAAAUGUGCACAAUUAUUAGCUCAUUUUGAUGUAAUUAAAACAAAUGUAUCUAGAGACUAAAAAAUGUUAUUCUUAUGUGAAAGACGGGUCUUCCCUCUUCACCACUUGAUAUGAUGACUACUUUUAGGUUUCUGUUAAUUUUGUUAUAUUCAUAAAGUGUGCACAUGUUUAUGUUAGGUGCCAAGAGAAUGACUUUUUGAGAAACCCAGAACAGGAGACAUCAGCAUUGGUGUGUGGCA